AACCUGCAUCCUCGUGGACAUUAUGUUGGCUUCUUAACCUGUUGAGCCACAGCAGGAACUUCUGGGUUCCUAUGCCCUGUUCACCAAGGGUGAAAACACCUCCAGAGUUUUUAGUAACAACCCAUGCGACUUGGAUGGGUUGUCACCAGUGCAAUUUUGCCAGUAUCCCUUUGGCUCCUUAAUGAAUCCACUUCUGCUGAUUUUCAGAUUGUUAACAUGCUUGUGUUCCCUGCCUCUGGAGGGUGGCUUUGGGGUGUUAGCUAACCCGCUCUGGCCUGUGUGUACCCAAAAUGGACAACUAAGCACUCUUCGGUGUCCACUAAACAAUCGAGUACAUGCAUAAUGUUAGGGGGGAGGCUGGGAGAACUGCUUGGCGGAGCUGCCACCUCAAGACUGUCCUCAGUCCCUCCCUAGGGAUCAUCUGCCUUAAAGAAAAUUGUGUCACCUAAGGUCAUGCCUCUUCCAGAGGCAACUCAGUUCCCAUCAAACAGUUCUAGAGCCUGGGGACAAAAAUAGCACUUUGAUCCUGGUGGCGGCAGGCAGUUAACAAGAGAGACCGCGAAACAGAAACCGGAAGUGUGUUAGACCGCAAUGCGGUCCUAGGGAGAAAAAUUAGCCGGGCAGGGGGCGCGGUGGGCUGGGGGUACGAAUCUGGGGAAUGGGCGGGAUUUGUCAGUGAGGGUGGAUACUGAGGGAAAUGGGGUUUGGUUCUUGACCAGCGGGGCAUGUGAGUGAAGAUCUGAGGAAUGUGAAAACGGGGGCUAACGCCAUGAACGCCAUUCCCUCUCCCUCCCACCCAAGUUGAGGUCAGGGAUCUAACCCAGCUUUGUGGGCAACGCCCGGCCCAGGGGCCUGGAGCGCCCCCUGCAGGCCACAGUCCGCGACCCUCGCUCACAUCCGACAGGUGCGGCCAGGAGGCCCGGGGACGUGGCAGGUGCGGCCCGCAGGUGCGCGGGCCCCGCCCCCUAGGUGCGGAGUCCUCCGGGCGGGGCCACUUCCGGGCCGGUGGCCGGACGUGGGGGCGGGGGCGGGGGCGGCCGUUGACCCGGUGACCGCGGCGCCGCCGGAGGCUGGAGGCGCCCUGCGGCUCGGUCCCCGCCCGGAGCCCCCCUCCCGGGGACAUGACGCCGCGCCCGCCCCGCGCCCCGCCGCGCCCUCCGCCCACCCGGGUCUGACGGAGCCGGGCAGCCAUGAGCGCCAACCCCCAAUGGGACAUCAGCAGGGCGCUGUGGGUGGCCAGGCUCUUCCACCUGGUGUGUGGGGUCCGGGAUGCCUGCGUGACCCCGUUCCUGACCCUCUACCUGCGGCAGCUGGGCUUGGCCGCGCCCUGGGUGGGCAUCCUAAUGGGAACCAAGCAUCUGAUCGCCACCUUCUGGGCUCCAUUCUGUGCCUUCCUGGCCAAAAGCUACCAGAAACGGAGGGUGCUUCUGAUAGGCUCGCUGCUCGGCUCGGUGGGAGCCAGCCUGUUGAUGGUCCUGGUGCCGCCCUUGGACAGAGACCGCCCCUGUAAUGGAAGCCACAGCGUGACCGUCACGGUCCUGCCACCGGGGGUCGCACUAACCGUGAACGUCACCUCGACCCCGAAGCCAGCCUGGAACCGCCCCGCGGGGGGGCCCAGGCGCCCAGCCCGGAGGAGUACUGGGGUCGCAGGAGCCGAUGGUUUCAGAGGAAGACCUGGGGAAAGUGGCCGAGAAUCUGUCAGUCACCUGCCUGGCUACUCUGUGGGCUCCAUCCACGGGGCCAGGACCACAUCGGGCGUUCUCCAUCCUCCCUCUUCAGGGGUGGCAGGUACUCCUGGGGCAGCUGCUUUCAGCAUGGUCAGUACUGCUGUCCCUUUGCACGCUGGGGGUACAGUGCUGGCAAGCCCAGCCAACCAGUCUGCAGCCAAGGGGAACGCCCAGGCCCUUGACCUCUCCUUGGAAGGGUUGCGGUGGACUUUCCUCCUCUCCCUGGGCUCCCUGGUGUUCUGGGAGCUGCUGAGCGCCCCUCUGGAGCAGGUGGCAGACGACAGCCUUUAUGAAUACCUGGACUUCGUGGAUGCCACUGACCGCUACAGAAGCCUGUGGUUAUGGAGGCUGCUGGGCACGUCGGCGGGCGUAUGUGGCAUCGCAGCCUUGGUGGGAGAGCUGGACUGCCUAUUGGUGACAAAGGGCCCCAGGGGUGUGGUGCAUUUCUACGGCUAUGCACUGGUCAGCACCGUGGCUUUACUGGUGAGCACUGCCUUUCCCGUCCCCCUCUGCCGGCGGCGGGAGCCCAGCUACAGAACGGGCAAAGCCCUGUCUCUCGUCAGUGGCGACGCCCGCCUCAUCCUCCUCGCCCUCACUGUCCUCCUGAUAGGAGCCGCCACCAGUGCCGUGCAGAACUUCCUGUUCUGGCACAUGAAAGACCAUGGGAGCAGUGAGCUGGUCAUGGGCUUCUCGGUGGCCCUGGGCUUGCUGGGGGAAAUUCUGCUUCAUCCGUUCAAAACUCCGCUGCUCAGGAAGCUGUCCAAGAUCUUCAGCGCCAUCAGCCACGGGGCUCUGUGGUGGGCAGUCGGGGCCUCCAUAGAGGACCUGGCCACUCCGGGCACAGAGAGACCGCUCCAUGCCAUGUUCCGAGGCCACUUUUACGGGGGCGGGGCCAGCCUGGGCAGCUUUGUCGGCGGCUUCGUGGGGAUGCGCUUCGGCCUGGCUGUUCUCUACCAGGCCUGCUGCGUGGUCCUGUGGCUCUGGCUGGCCUUGUUCCUGUCCAUCCGGCCCAGACUGCCCCGAGAACGGAAGAUCAACUACUCCAAGCUGCUGGCCGUGGAGGCCAGUGACACGAGCGACUCUGAGCAGGGGACUGAACGGGACUGGCUUGUGAAGGCCAUGAGGGAUGAACCCUCAGACUGGAGGGGCUGAGGGACAGUCAGGGUGCGCUGAUCUGGGAAGGAGCCAAGCGGAUGGACAGACCAGCCUGCCCCGGGGGCAAAACCCAUGAGUCCUGCCAGGGCUGCCGGUAGCCCUGGUGGGGAGAAGUGUGUCUGUGCCGAGGCCCCAAGGGAUCAUCUCAUUGCAUGAUUUUCCUUACUUUUGUGGUAAAAGGAGAUUAACUUUUUGCUGUUCGAUCUUUUAAAAAUAAUGGAGCAAGAAUACAUUUGCUAAAAAAAAACAAAAGUUUCCCUCUGUCGUCACUCUGUUUUGGUGUCUGAGGUUGGCAAGAGCUUUGCAUGGUGCUGUUGAUUUCAGCCACUGCUGAAAUUCACAUGAAACUGACAGGGCCAGGAAGGCCAUGCACCUUGCAGGAUUCAGGUGGCGAGGGACAGAGGGACAGCAGGCUUGGAUGAGUCACGUACGUUCCCAUGCACCCUCUAAAAACCAUGCUGGGUGGAGUUCCUGUCAUG